GCUCAAGCCAUUUUGGCUCAAGGGAGGGGUCAAGCCUGUCAAGGAGCUGUACCCCCUUAAAUUCCCGAUCUUUUCGCGCACAUUUUACAGCACGCAACAGUCACGGCGCACAAGCGUUGUGUCCAUGGCGUGGUCUCGUUCGUCGUCCUGGUCGCGCUCGGCGGGGUGGACCAACGAGGCGGAGUGGUGGCAGUGCAGCGCGUGCCGCCAGUGGAACCAGCACAAGAAGUGCACGAGGUGUGGCGUGAAGAAGGUCUGGGGGGAGGCUGGCGGCCACUUGGCAUCUCAGCAACAUUUCGUUCAAGAGGGAGUUCUGCAGAUGGCUCACUCGUCUGCCGCGUCGGCGGGAGCAGCACCACCUCAGAGCAACCAUCCAGUACGUGCCGGGCUGGAUGCAAUCGCGGCCAAGGUCAAGGAGAUGACCGCGGAGGGUGCCUCAGUGGUCGACACCUCACAGACGACGGCCGAGAUCAAGAGCCUCGAGGCCAGUUUGGCAGCAAUCCCGCAGGGAGCGGAAUUUGCUGCUGCCCGCUCCAGCGUGCAGGCUGCGCUCCAGACGGCGCGCAGCAAAGUGGUCAAGUCGAGGCCCAUCGGUGCGCAGCUGGACACGUGCCGUGGUGCGCUGGAGCGCAACGGCAAACGCAUGGCCCUCAUCGACGAGCUCGUGACCCAGCUCUCGUCGCUGAAAGCGGCAGCCCUGCAGGAGCACGAGCGGUUGCAGAAGGAGCUGGCCGACCUCCAGGCGGCCAACACCCAGCGACCCAACGGCAUACUCGCCAUGCAGAACGCCUUGACCGACGUUCUGCAGGAGAUGUCCUCUGGAGCGGUCGAGCCGGCCCACGUGACAGAGGCCCAAAGUCUUAUGGCACGCCUUCUCACUGGCGUGCAGGAGCUGGCCACGCGUGCGCAGGCCUCAGCUCUUCCAGAUCCCCAUUUGCAGCAGGCUGCGAGCUUCCCUGUGCCCAGGACCCCGCCAGUGGGAGCUACGGAUCUGGUGAUGGAGGCAGACGCCGAGACCCCGGUACUCACGGGGCAGGUGUCGUGCACCCGCCGCGUUGCGCUGAGCAAGAGGCCGGCGGCUGGCACUCCGUACGAGGGGUUUCCUGCCGCUCCGGCGUCGGCACCGACAGGGUAGGCAAUUUUGGACCGUCCCAGUUUCGUGCAGCAGCUCUGCAUUUGUAUCAGAGCUCUUCUGGCCAGGGCUUUUGUCAGAUGUUGCGCGACCUUGGGGUCCGAAUGAACACCUCCAAUUCGCAACCGUGUUAUUUGACACGGCCGCCGGCGUUUGUGCCGAAGCUUUCUUCCAUCCUCGAGCCGCCCCCUCCUUCUUUGCCGCUUGCCUCCGUCUCAGCGGAGGUUCCUGAACCGCGUGCCUUCACGACGGUUAUUCUGGAGCAGCUUAGAAGUCUUGUGGAAUUGAUCGGUCGGCAGGUCUGUGUCCGACAGAGCCCGAAUUCAUUAUCCGAUGGUUUCUGUACCAAGCAGCAUGUACAUAAUAUGUGUUUGUUUAGAUCACACCCGGCAUGCGGGGACCGAAGCGCGCCUGGAUCACAUCAUGCAUGCACUUUUAAUUUUUCCCCCAAGGCGAGCGCCACUGUAGUAGCAGGGGCCUCCGAACAAGGAGCCCAGAGCAUAUGUGGCACGUCGCGUCUCCCUCCUUGCAGCAGCAAGGGAGGGGAGCAACGGGGGGUCAAUGAGGG